AUGACGAUCUACACCUCCACGCUCGCACCCUUCAGCGACAUCACCAAUCUCUCAAUCCCACAGUUUAUGACGCGAUACAACCCCGAUGGCGUCUCCGCAGACAAAGUCGUCCACAUGGACACAUUCUCCAACGAACACUUGACCUACGGAUCCCUGCGAGAGAAAGCGAGUCGUGCGGCGUGGGGAUUGAAGAAUCAACUGGGUGUUAGGCCGGGGGAUGCGGUGCUUGCUAUUGUUACAAAUUCGAACGACUUUGUGCUCUUAGCGCAUGCGACUUGGUGGGCUGGGGGUGUGUUUGCCCCGCUUAACACCUCCUCUACGCAGAAAGACAUUGAACAUGUCCUGAAGCUCGUCAAACCAACCCACAUUGCGAUAAUCGCCUCGAAACUCACCCAGGCCCAGAACGCUACAGCAGCCCUAGGCAUAACACCAAAGCUCUUCACCGUGCUCAGCAAGGUCGCAGGUAUUCCACAGUUUCCUACCGACAUCGCCGGCACAGACCCCAAGAGCCAAGCCCUACCCCCAUUCGACCUGAACGGAAAAUCCGCGCAAGAAACUCCAAGCACGAUAUGCUUCUCCUCGGGUACAACAGGCAACAUGAAGGGCGUGCUAAUGUCGCACUAUAACCUUGUCAACAACCUCAUGCAAAUGCGCGUUUCGUUGCCCUCGAGGUUAGUUUCGGGCAUACGGGAGGUUUGGUUCACACCGUACUGCCACAUCUACGGCCUCUCCGCCGUCGUCUUCGGGGGCAUGUGGACAGGCGCAACAUUCCUUGGCCUCCCAUCCUUCGAUCUCGAGACCUUCUGUCGCAAAUCGAGCGAGCUCCAGGCAACGGAUAUGCAUCUUGUCCCACCUGUGGCGCUGUUACUUACAACGUCAGGUAUUGCAUUGAAGUACGACGUACCCUCAGUGGAGAGGAUCGUUAUUGCCGCCGCGCCAUUGAAGGAAGCGCUGCAGCGCAAGUUAAAAAAGAGGUUUCCGAGGGCGAGUAUUUGUCAAGGCUACGGCCUAACCGAAUGCUCCCCUGGCGUAACGCAUCAGCUUGACGACACGACGUCGAGCUGCGGAACAGUAGGAAAGCUUGUCGCCGGAACCGAAGCCCGCCUCGUCGACCCCACGACCGGUCGCGACGUCGAACCAGGACAAGAGGGCGAGCUGUGGGUUCGUGGGCCGCAGGUUAUGAUGGGCUACAUCAACGACCCCGAAGCAACAGCCGCAACAUUCUCCGAGGGAUGGCUGCGCACAGGCGAUAUCAUGCGGAUGGACGAGGACCAGAACUUCUGGGUUACGGAUCGGUUGAAGGAGAUGAUCAAGUAUAAAGGCUUCCAAAUCGCCCCCUCGGAACUCGAAGACCUCCUCCUCCGCCACCCACACGUAACCGACGCCGCAAUCUGCGCGAUUUACGACGACAGUCAAGCAACCGAAGUCCCACUCGCAUACGUCUCGCUUACGCCCGACAAGGCUGGUUUACCGCAGACCGAGGUCCAGAGUGUGCUUGAGGAGAUCAGAAAGUGGGCGGAUGGACAACUUGCGGGGUAUAAGCGGUUGAGAGGGGGUGCGUUUCACCUGCAGACGCUGCCGAAGACGCCGACGGGGAAGAUUCUUAGAAGACUUUUGCCGGCGAAGGUAAAAGAGGGGAGGGGCGGACGGCUUUAGGGCUUUGUGGUUGUGUGGGGGUGGAGUUGAGAACGAGAACGGAUUGCGAGACGGUAGGGUAUGUAUGGAGAGUUGGAGACGAAGCGAUCAAGUCUCAGAGUAAUUUAUUUAUUAGA